AUGGCUGAAGAGGACCCGCAAGAGCUUGUUUCCAAGCCCUUCAAGUUUGUGACUGGCACCGAUGCCCGCUUUCCGAACAUGAACCAGACCAAGCACUGCUGGCAGAACUAUGUCGACUACCACAAGUGCAUCCUCGCCAAGGGAGAGGACUUUGCGCCCUGCCGCCAGUUCUGGCUCGCAUACCGAUCCCUGUGCCCCUCGGGAUGGUCCAGCCGAUGGGACGAACAGCGAGAAGCCGGAAACUUUCCCGUGAAACUGGACGCUUGA